AUGCAGCCCGAUCCAUUGAUCAAGGUCGACGUUGACGAGACGGAGGAUACUGAAUGGAAUGAUAUUCUAAGACAGCAUGGUGUCAUACCGGAAAGACCGCCUUCACCAACUGCACAGUUCGAAGAAGCUCUUGAAGAAGCUUUAGCCAAGCAACACGAGAAACGGCUCGAGAAUAAAGACCUGUCUGACUUGGAGGAACUGGAAGACGAAGAGGACGAAGAGUUUCUUGAGAUUUACAGGCGAAAGAGAAUUGCAGAAAUGGCAAAAUUGCAACAAAAAUCAAAAUUCGGCCAGGUUUUCCAUAUCAACAAGCCAGAAUAUAAUAAAGAAGUCACAGAGUGUAGUUAUGGAACCAAGACAGAGGGAUAUCUAGAAGGAGACGGUGUAUAUGUUUUGGUUCAUUUGUCGUUGCAAAGCAAGCUUCAAAGUCGUUUAUUGUCCAAUUUAUUCAUCCAGGCAUCAAGACUUUACCCAGAAAUCAAGUUUGUCGAUAUUCCUGCCAACAGAGCAAUUGAAAACUAUCCUGAAACCAAUUGCCCCACUUUGAUCGUUUAUCAUCGAGGAGAAGUGCUCAAAAAUAUCGUUACACUUCUUGAACUCGGUGGUAGCAGCACAUCUUUGAAAGAUUUAGAAGAUUUGCUAGUCAAAGUGAAUGCCGUCAAGGAAAGUGACGACAGGUUGAUCAUGAACCAGGACAGUGAUGAGUCGCGGCAGCAUAGAUACGAAUCAUAUGCUAACAAAGGCAUCAGAUCCGGGAUACGAGGCAAAUUUAAUUUAGGUGUUGGAGCCGCUGACAACAGCAAUGUUGAUGAAGAUGAUGACGAUUUUUUUGAUUAA